AUGAUGAUGAAUGAAUCUGCAACCACUCACAUUAUAAAUGACAAUAUAGAUGGGAGUUUUCAAACCUUCCACCCUCAAAAUUCCUUUCCUCAUUCCACAAUUGAUAGCUGUGGCAACACCAUUUCACAUUGUGGCCAACACGAAGCGUUGAAGAAGGUUUCGAUCGUAGACUGUGGAUCGGCGCAAGAAAUGAUUCCAAAUGGGCAGCCUUUCCAUAUUGAAAAUGAAUACUUCAGUGGCGAAGUCAUGCUGAUGAUUCGCACGCCGGAUGUUGACAACAGUGCAGAACCGAAACCGCUUGGUGAAGUUCCGGCAACCAUUUCAAAUUAUUUCAAGGAUUACAAACGCAGAUUUGAGUUCCAGUUUCAAAUUCAGUUCAAGCAAUUGCCUAAAGGCCCACUUUUUCUUGGAUGCGAAACGGCGUCGACCAUCAAGGUUCCCCGGCUUACAAGGGGUCUGGUGGGACUGAUACUUGGAAUGAUCAAGAGGAUCAACUCUGGAUUUCACUACUCUUUUGGUAGCAAACAUCUUACUGAUGAACAAAUACGGUGUGGGGAUUAUGAAAAAACCCAUCUCUCCUUUCCAGUCGAAGCAAGCAUGGACCGCGUGGUCGUGACAAAGCCAGGAUCCGACGCACCAAUACUAGGGCAAGAAUUACACGAAUCUCCUGAAUCUGUUCGAAGACGGAGGAGGAUGGGAUUUGGAUCUGUUGACUGGAACACAGAAGACACGUUCACAAUGUGUCUCUGGAAUGCAUACAUGGACUGGAUAAAAUGGAAGACCAUGAACGUUCCGGGAUGCCGACCAUUUCCCCUGAGUAAUGUGACGGGAUCCCAACCUGUAUACUUGUGCGUCUACGAAUUGGCAAAUGUUACCCCACACGAGUACCGCAAGCAGGAGCCUUGUCACUUCCAAAAGAGUCUGAGGCAUUAUGCUCGCAUCGAAUUUGCACACGAGGACGUCACAACGGGUGGGAUUGCACCGCGAUUUAACAGCCAAAACAUACGAAAUCGGUCUUGUGUGGAUACUGACUCGGAGCUUGGCUCAGAGCAUUCAAUAUUUUCGGAAUGCUGCACCGGUACGAAUGAUUGUGUGUAA